AGGGCAGCACGGUCGAGGAGUUGGCUGUUCGUGGUUCUCACUGCGUGGCUGCUGUUUUGUUGGUGAUGCAGAGAAGGGUUGAGCAGCCCUCUGCCCCUUCACCCUUCUGGGCUCUGCUGGCACGGCUGCGGGGGGAGCCCGGCAUGGGGUGGCUGCCGUGCGGUCCGGAUGGUCCAUGUGGGACCAGUGGACGGGAGGCUGGCAGCGGGGAAGGAGCUGAUAAGCCCAGCCAGGUUCCUGAAAAGCAUUCCUUGGGCCCUUGUCCCCUGAAGGCUCUGCUGUUACUGGAGGACUCGAGAGAGAGGCACUUAUGGCAAGUCUACCAUGAAGGCCUGGAAAACUUCCUUUCCUUUAGAGAAGGCAAGGCUCUGUCUGCAGUCUGGCCAAUUCCAAUUGAACAAAUUAGAGAGUUUCUGGUCACCAUGGAGUCCCAGGAUCUGCCUCCCGCAAAAAUAAUAAUGUAUAUGGAAGGACUGUCUUUCAUCUCCAGAAUGGUAGAUCAUCCUGAUCCUCUUCCAGAUCCUCUUAUCUGUUUCAGGAUGUCAAGGCUGAAACACAGGACUCGGACUCGCCACUCAAAUGAUGAAUUCUCUCCUGUAACAAUUGAAGUGUUAAGAUCUCUCCUGGGAACUCUGGAGUCUGUGUGUAGCUGUCCUUAUGAGUGUAUGCUGUUCCGUGCCAUUUUUACUGUGGCUUAUUUUGGUGUACUCCAUUUAGAAGAGAUAGUGGUAAAUCACCAAAAUAUAGUACAGCCAGAGCUCCUGUACUUGAGUGACCUCCGGCUGACAGAAGGAAGCGCAACCCUUUUUCUGCAUCCGUCUCAUGUGGGCCAACAGAGGUGUUUGAUCCAACUGAGACUUUGUCAAGAGACGUGGGUAUGCCCUGUUGAAGCUCUUCGUAUCUACAUGGCAGUGCGGCCACGAGGAGAGGGCCCUCUCUUUGUGCAUUUAAAUGGUAUGGCUGUGACAAAGAGGGAGUUCCUCACUGUUUUCUGCUCUGGUCUAAGAUUUUCUGGACUUCCUCCAAACCAGUAUGGGGUGCAUUCCUUCUGGCUGGGGAACACUAAUUAGGAGUAUUAAUAGAAUGGCAAGGUGGUGGUGAAAAUUCUGAAAAAGACAUACUUCUGUCUAUCUGUUGCACUUUCAUAGUAGAGGGUAUCUUCUGCAAUGCACACAUUUUAUACUUUAUAAAAACUAAAUUUUCAGGACUCUGUAAAGUUAGAGAGAAUGGGUGGAACAAGUAAAGGGUGACUUCACAUCUGUGGUGGUUUUGAGAAUGAAGUGGGGCUUGUGGGGCAGUGCACAUGGUGUUAAGCAUGUUUGUUCUAAUUGCAUUUUGACCUUGUAUAAUCUUAUAUUAAAUGGUGAUUUAUUUCAAAAACUUCUCUAGGUUGGUUUUUUUUUACUCCCUGGUCAAAGAUCAUUCGUUGCAGUGGUGGCACUGUAACUUGAUUCAAGCUUACAUUUUUUUUUGCUGUCUAGUGUGAUGAGAGGUAAAGCUGACAGCUGGUGAUAAUGUGACACCAGCAGUGUAGUUACUCUGUUGUCCAAAUUGCAGUUCCAUUGCAGCUGCAUGCAACCUCACCUAUUGCUGCUGCAGUCUCACUCUCAUUACAAACCUUCCCCUUGAUUCAUAGUUCAUAGUAUCCUUCACUGAUUCCUCUUGAAAGGAUGUAUCAAACCUAGAUACUGACCAAAAGUAGUCUUUAAUUGAAGCCUGAACACACCAAAGUUGACCCUACUCAGUUCAAAAGUGGCAGAGGACAUAAAGAGAUAGCUAACAUAAAUAACACUCACUCUGUAAUUGAUGCACUUGUUAGACUUUUAACACAGGUUAAAUGACUAGUGCCUGAGAAGCAUCAUUAUAACAGGGUUGAGUGUCACCUUUCAUACAUAAGGAUGCUUGAAGAAAUAGCAUCCUCUGUAGUGCUUUGCAGCUGUGUGUUGAGGACACUACUGGACAAGCUGACUAGAUGUUCAGAAAACAGCCAGCAUCAUACUGCAUUGUUCAGUCCUCUAGCUAGUUUCCAAGAGGAUCUUUAGUUAGAAGAAGCUCCCUCUGCAGAAACAGCUGUGAUAGUAGACAACAAUCUGUUGAUUCCCUGGC